AUGACUGAGAAGGCGACCUUCGCCGACCCCGAAAAUGAACGCGACAUUGUACAAGCGGAAUCGACGGUCGCAGAGCGAGAUCAGUCUAGUGAGCUCGAGGAUCUUGUGAAGCAGAGGGGUGAUGGGGGCACGUUGGCGUGGAUGAACGUGCUGGCUGGAUUCUGCGUUUUUGUAAAUUCAUGGGGCGUGCUAACUACCUUUGGCGCGUUUCAAGAGUACUAUCAGACUGAACUCCUCCCCGACCAAUCGCCCUCGGCGAUUUCCUGGGUGGGCAGCAUCCAAGCCGCGCUGAUUCCGAUGGUGGGCUUGGUGUCUGGGCCGUUAGUAGACUCGGGGUACUUGCGCCCAUUGAUGAUCUCGGGGAGCUUCCUAACGGUCUUUGGGUUAAUGAUGACUAGCCUUGCCACGGCGUACUACCAGGUCCUGCUAGCGCAAGGAUUCUGUGUCGGGAUGGGUGGCGGAAUCUCCUAUAUUCCAGCGCUGACCAUGGUCUCGACGAGUUUCACCACAAAACGUCCAAUUGCCAUUGGCAUUGCCUCGAUUGGGUCCAGCGUUGGGGCCGUUAUCUUCCCCGUGAUGUUCCGUCAACUUCAGCCUCGGAUCGGGUUUGCAUGGGCAGUCCGGAGUAUCGGCUUCGUGACUCUGUUGAUGGCCAUCGUCGCAUGUACAAUUCUAUGUCGCCAACCGCCCCUGAAGACACGGGCGCGGAGUCUGAUUGACUGGACUGCUUUCCGCGACAUGCCCUUCAUGCUUUUCUCCGCUUCGUUGACUUGUGUCAUGCUCGCAUAUUAUGUCCCCAUUUUCUACGUGGCCACGUACGCGCGCACUGUGAUCCAGACGACGGCAAGCCUGUCUUUCUACAUGGUCGCCAUUGUCAAUGGGUCAUCUGUGGUCGGCCGCGUGGUUCCCUAUCUUCUCGUGGCCUAUGUAAAGCCAGUGGCUAUCCUGAUCUUCAGCGUUACAGGUUCAGCUAUUGCGAUGUUCACUUGGAUCGCCGUGACACAUCUUCCCGGUUUCAUUGUUUGGGCAUGCUACUGGGGGAUUCUCAGCGGCGUACUGGUAACGGGCCCGACUGCUAUUGUUGCUCACCCGGUAUUCUGCCCGAACCCGAACUACAUGGGUACUCGUCUCGGUAUGAUGUGGGGGAUUUCCUCGCUCGGUGCGCUGGCGGGAACGCCGGUUGCAGGUGCACUGGUAAACCUUGACACGGCUGAAUUUCUGCACGCCCAGGUCUUUGCUGGCUGUGUGAUGGUGGGUGCCGUGCUGUUGCAACUGUGGCCUGCCUUGAAGGUGCUGCAAUACGAUCGGAGCCCUCCACGAAAAUAG